CUUCGUCAUGCUCCCCUAAUUCUCCUUUUCUUUCACCACCUGGCGCCCCCGACGUUCAUGUCCAACGUGGCAGCGCCCCCCGGCGGCAGUGGCAUCUCAUCUCCAAAACGCGAACAAGAGGACAGACAAUCGCGUCACUCAAUUUCGCUAGGGGCGGGCAGUGGCGGUGAAUUCAAGAAGACUGAAGAACUCUGGGCGACUGACUGUCUUUCGGCACCACCAUGAGGGCCCUCUUCUCGCUGCUCGUCCAGCUCGCCCUGCUGCGGACAUGUUUCGGGAAGAAGUGCUACUACCCCAACGGCAACGAAGCGGGCAUCGACUGGGCCUGCGACGAGAAUGCCGAGAACAGCCCCUGCUGUGCCGGGGCACCCUUCGGCUUCGCCUGCCUCGAGAACGGGCUCUGCCAGGGCAAGGACGGGAAGGUGAUUCGGGGCUCAUGUACGGACGAGACGUGGAUGUCUCCCGAAUGUCCCCAUUUCUGUCUUAACUGGGAUAGCGUGGGCCACGACCUGGUCCCCUGCUCCAACGUCACGGGGCGCGAUACGUCCUACUGCUGUGACGAGAUGCCGAACUGCUGCGAUGGAGGCGUCGGCCGGUUCGAGGUCCCCCCGUCGAAUCCGAAGACCUGGGCUUUGUUGAAUUCAGAAUCCAGGCAAUAUGUUGUGGUGACGCCACGCUCGACCACGUCCUCCUCAGCCUCAAAGACCAGUGACGCCUCGGCCCAGCCGACCACGGAUUCGGCAGAGCCGUCAACGGCCGCUACAUCGAGCGCCAACACCAUUCCCGCCCAAACCGCCUCGGGGGACUCAACAGACAACCAGAGCCAGGCCGAACCUUCCGGGCAGUCGACCGGAUUGUCCACGGGUGCGCAGGCGGGCAUCGGGGUCGGCGCGGCUGUUGGUGCGCUCCUCGUCGGGGCAGUCGCCUAUCUGUGGUGGAAGCUGAACAAGAUCAAGAAGAUGGCGGAGGCCACCGGGCCGAUGCCAGGAUCGUACCCGCAGCCGGCCCAGGGGCUCCCGAUGACGACCUACUACGCCGGGGACGCUCGUCACAGUCAAAAGUCGGAGCUGCCCGUGGAGCCGGUCGCGCAUGAGCUGCAGGGCUACCAUCCGCACAUUCAGCAGGGAGAAGCCGAGCUAGCCGGGUUUCCGUUGUAUUCUCCUGUCGCCACCAGUCCUUCUUCCCAUACUGCUUCUCCUCAUAGCGCGCAGUAACGCGACACUGAUAAGGCGUGGCCAAUCUAGUCUUGUCUGGUCGAAAGAUGGACUUCCCCAACGGUGAUGGAAGUUCGAAUUUUCCUUGACAUUUCCACCAAUCGAGUCCACAAAGAUAGAACCGAGUUGUAGAUGAAUUCGACGCCCAGAGAUAGCUACAAUUUAGGCGUUGUUAGUCUCAUGACUAGCAAAGUAGGAGCUUCGCACAGCUCAAGCAACGAACCCAACCCAAGCGUCCCUUUAGCAUCGGCUAACAAACCUCGGUCAAGCAUUGUUCCUAGAUGCCUGUGGAUGCAAGCUACCUAGCUGCUCGUUCCCAGCUAGGGGGAUGCCUCGAGAAGAACACGCGAUACUUAUCGUCAGCGAAGGCACGAUGCUGAACGAGAGUAUAAAACAGCGGCGAAUCGAUAGAAGGCGCGACGGAAGCGAAAAUGUUC